GCGAGCGAGCGAGCGAGCGUGCGAGAGCGAGCGUGUGCGCGGUGCCGGGGGAGGGACAUGGCCCGAGAGCGCCGGCGCCAGUAACGGAGCGGCGCUGAGACCCGCUGAGGGGGUGCUGGCCGCCGCCGCCGCCGCUGCCCGUCCGCCCGCCCGCCCGCCCGCCUCCCGCCUCCCGCGGCCCCUCUCCCCCCCUCCCCGACACACACACACAGGCCGGGCAUUGAUGGUAAUGUAUGCGAGGAAACAGCAGAGACUCAGUGAUGGCUGUCACGACCGGAGGGGGGACUCGCAGCCCUACCAGGCUCUUAAAUAUUCAUCAAAGAGUCACCCCAGUAGUGGCGAUCACCGACAUGAGAAGAUGCGAGACACCACAGAUCCUUCACCACCAAAUAAAAUGUUGCGACGAUCUGAUAGUCCUGAAAACAAAUAUAGUGACAGCACAGGUCACAGUAAAGCAAAAAGCGUGCAUACUCACAGAGUUAGAGAGAGGGAUGGUGGGACCAGUUACUCUCCACAAGAAAAUUCACAUAACCACAGUGCUCUUCAUAGUUCAAAUUCACAUUCUUCUAAUCCAAGCAAUAAUCCAAAUCCAAGCAAAACUUCAGACACAUCUUAUGAUUCUGCAGAUGACUGGUCUGAACACAUCAGUUCUUCUGGGAAAAAGUACUACUACAACUGUCGAACAGAAGUUUCACAGUGGGAAAAACCAAAAGAGUGGCUUGAAAGAGAGCAGAGACAAAAAGAAGCAAGUAAAAUGGCAGUUAACAGCUUCCCAAAAGAUAGGGAUUACAGAAGAGAGGUGAUGCAAACCACAGCUACCAGUGGGUUUGCGGGUGGAAUGGAAGACAAGCAUUCCAGUGAUGCCAGUAGUAUGCUCCCACAGAAUAUUUUGUCUCAAACAAGCAGACACAAUGACAGAGACUACAGACUGCCAAGAGCAGAGACUCACAGUAGUUCUACGCCAGUACAGCACCCCAUCAAACCAGUGGUUCAUCCAACUGCUACCCCAAGCACUCUUCCUUCUAGUCCAUUUCCUCUACAAUCUGAUCACCAGCCAAAGAAAUCAUUUGAUGCUAAUGGAGCAUCUACUUUAUCAAAACUGCCUACACCCACAUCUUCCAUCCCUGCACAGAAAACAGAAAGAAAAGAAUCUGCAUCAGGAGAUAAAUCUGUAUCCCAUUCUUGCACAACUCCUUCCACAUCAUCUGCCUCUGGACUAAAUCCCACUUCUGCACCUCCAACAUCUGCUUCAACAGUUCCUGUUUCACCUGUUCCACAGUCACCAAUACCUCCAUUACUUCAGGACCCAAAUCUUCUUCGACAGCUGCUUCCUGCUUUGCAAGCUACCUUGCAACUUAAUAAUUCUAAUGUGGACAUAUCUAAAAUAAAUGAAGUUCUUACAGCAGCUGUGACACAGGCUUCUCUGCAGUCUAUACUCCAUAAGAUUCUUACUGCUGGACCAUCUGCUUUCAAUAUAACUUCUUUGAUUUCUCAAGCUGCACAGCUUUCUACACAAGCUCAGCCAUCUAAUCAGUCUCCCAUGUCUUUAACAUCUGAUGCCUCAUCCCCAAGGUCAUAUGUAUCCCCAAGGAUAAGCACGCCUCAGACUAACACAGUUCCUAUUAAACCUUUGAUAAAUACACCUCCUGUAUCGUCCCAGCCAAAGGUUAGUACUCCAGGUGUUAAGCAAGGACCAGUCUCACAGUCUGCCUCUCAGCAGCCAGUAACUGCUGACAAGCAGCAAGGUCAUGAACCGGCCUCUCCUAGGAGUCUUCAGCGAUCAAGUAGUCAGAGAAGUCCAUCUCCUGGUCCAAAUCAUACUUCUAGUAGUAAUGCAUCUAAUGCAACAGUUGUACCACAGAAUUCAUCUACCCGACCUACAUGUUCAUUAACACCUACCCUAGCAGCACACUUCAAUGAAAAUCUUAUAAAACACGUUCAAGGAUGGCCUGCAGAUCAUGCAGAAAAGCAGGCAUCAAGAUUGCGGGAAGAAGCUCAUAACAUGGGAAGUGUUCAUAUGUCAGAAAUUUGUACUGAAUUAAAAAACUUAAGAUCUUUAGUCCGAGUAUGUGAAAUUCAAGCAACUUUGCGUGAACAAAGGAUACUAUUUUUGAGACAACAAAUUAAAGAACUUGAAAAGCUAAAGAAUCAGAAUUCCUUCAUGGUGUGAAGAUGUGAAUAAUUGCACAUGGUUUUGAGUACAGGAACUGGUUGCCCAAUCUUAACAAUUUUGAGCUGCAUUUCAGUAGACUUUGGACCGUUAAGCUGGGCAAUGGAAAUGACAAGGGGAUGGGGACAUGAAAGUCAAUUCAGGGGAAAGCUACAAGAUUGAUUUGUAAUACCCCUGAAAUGUAGAUUUCUUGUAGAUGUAUUCUUCACGUUGUAAAUAUGUUUUGUAGAGUGAAGCCAUGGGAAGCCAUGUGUAUCAGAGCUUAGACAUCCAAAACUAAUCAAUGCUGAGGUGGCUAAAUACCUAGCCUUUUACAUGUAAACCUGUCUGCAAAAUUAGCUUUUUUUUUUUUUUUUUUUUUUUUUUAAUUUUUGGGGGUUAAUUUAUCAUUCAGAAAUCUUGCAUUUCCGAAAAUUUAGUGCAGGCGCCAGGCGAUCUGUGUCUAAGGCUGCAACAAUUUGGAACAGUUUGGGCAGUGUACAAAAUAUCAUGAAACAACUGUUUCCACACUUGCACCCAAUCAAGAGCAGUGCUUCUCCAUUUCUGUUUUUGCAGAGAAAUGUUUUUCAUUUUCUGUGUUCCAUUUCCCCUCUGAAAUCCUAGAUCUGAUUUUAUCCAUUUUUUUAAUGCUUCUAAUUUUCUCUUUUCUUAAGGCACUGUUGCUAUGGCACUUUUUCUAUAAUCUUUUCAUUCCUGUGUACAGUAGCUUAAAAUUGCAGUGAUUGAGCAUAACCCACUUGUUUGUAUAAAUUAUUGAAAUGUAUUUCCAUUUGCACCCUGUAAGAAUGGACUUCUAGUACUGCUGGGCAUGUGUGCUGAAAGUACAUUGAUUGCUCAAAAUAUAAGGAAAUAGCCCAAUGAACAUGGUUGUGGGAGGGGAAAGAGGAAAAAAACCUAGUCAGAUGUGAAUUGUAUCUGUUGUAAUAAACAUGUUAAAACAAAAAACAAAAAAAAUGGUUACUUUUCAUUUCCUUCGGUCAGCGCAUAUUAGAUUUUGACUACUUGGGGAUUCUUAUCACAACUAUUCUUGUUGAACAUUUGUACUUAAUUGAAAUAAUCCCUCAAGAGAAGUUUUGUUUAAAACUUGUAAACAAAAAAUUCUGUAUAAAAUAUUUAAUGAAAUACGACAUUCAACAAGAAUGAUCGAAACAUCCCCAAGGGUUGUCAUAUGUUAAACCCUGGUUUACCUGUCUUGCUAUUAUGACAUUUCAUUUGGAAGGAUGUUUGUGUUGUAGCUAACUGUUCAAGUCUGGUGCUGACUGCUGUUCUUAGCCAUCACAAAACGCUAAAUUUGUGUAAUUGGAGCAUCCCACUGUUAUCUGGAAAUGGUGGAAAGCUCAGCUUUGUAUAUUGUUUCCUAAAGUAUAUUAAAAAUAAAAAAAGAAACUAUUGCUACUACAAAAUCAACUUGGCUUUUUUUUCCUUUGCUAAAAUCUUCAUUAGUCCUCACAUGGCAUUAGCAUGACACUGCCAGAUAUGUAUAAAUCUCAAUAGUUUUUGUAUGCAGUAAAAUCUUUUUAUUUUAAAAUCUUGACUUGAAAUACUUUUCUCCAUAGAGAGAUUUCUUCUGUUGGGGCAUACACUCAUGUGCUUUCACAACUGCCAGCACCAAGGGCUUAUUUUAAUAUCUUGGACACUAAUGUAAUAUACUUAACAUUAUGGGAUACUGACUUAGAGUACCAGAGUCACUUGUUUCUGAUACAUUUAGGUGUUUCUGUAUCAAGUGUCUCUGAGAGUUUUAAGAUUCAGUCCUUUUUUUUUUUUUUAAUCAAAUUUUAAAAUGUAAGAUACAUUGGAUAUUCACAAAAAUACAACAAAAUCCUAGUGUAAUUAAGAGAAAUUUAAAAUUUGUAUUUAACCUCUAGAGAAUUGUUGGCUAUUUGAGCACAAAGUAAUUUUUAUGGGUUUUCGCCCUUUUAAAAGUAUUCAGAAUGUAACAGAAAAGGUAAAUAUCACACGAAAUGUUCAUACUUUUGAGACUGGUACUGUAUGCUAGACUUGGAAAUAGUUGUUUCAAAUGUAACUUUUAAGAGCUGUAUUAAACUAGACCUGUUACUCCUUACUAUUUCAGCACUGUGCCUUUCCUAGAAAGAAGUAGGUAAUUUAUUUUGUGGUGUUCUAGGCAAAUGUUCACGGAAGUGGAUGAUGAUUUCUCUUGCGAGUUAAGCUAAAUUUGAGUAUAGUUUGAGAAUGUGAAACAUUUUUGGAUCUAUGCCACUUUGUAUAUCCCCAUUAAAAUAUAUGUGUAUAUAUGUAUACAUAUAUUUACAUAUAUAUUUAUGUUCAUGCCUCUAAAUGAAGUAACCAUACCCUAUGGAAGAUUAAUCUAAAAAUGCAUAAGUGGUGUAUUUCUGAGAUUGCCAUUGAAAAAUUAAAAUUUCUAAAUUGGAAUUUUUUUUCAAUUUGAUUUUUCCCAUAAUUUUUAUAUAUAACCUUACUAUAGCUCUAAACUUUUGUUUAAAACAUGGUGUCCAGUUGUUAACCCUUUUUUUUUUUUUUUAAUAAUUACUAGAACUUGAAUGCAUAUUUUUAAACACUGAAAACAAGUGUUCUAGGUGAUACUAGAACCAAGUGAAUUUUGUGAAGAUUUCCUGUUUUAAUUUUUUGAAUACCUUUCCAUGGAAGGUUUCUUGAGAAAUUUCUUCAUUUUUUUUUUUUUUUUAAGUGUUGGAACAUUUUGUUUUUUACAUUACUCCAAUUUUUCAAAGUUUUGAAGCUCAUAGACUAUAUCUGAUUAAUUUUUAGUAAUAAAUUCUGGAGUACAUAGUUUUUAUGAAUGCCCAAGAACUGAAAAGUAUAUAUCAAGCUAUAACUAGAGAUUUAAAAAAAAAAAAAACAUUUUGCUGGAGGGUUAGGGGAGAGGGAGGAAUGGGAAUGAAAUAGGCUGAUUUUUUUUUUUCCUUGAUUUUUAAUGUUUAUAUCCCAGAAAUUUGUGUUGUCGGUGAAAUUCAACUUUUUGACAUUUUUGCCACUAAAGUUUAAAGCUUCUUCCUUGGGAAGGAAAUAAUUUUUAAGAAUUAGAUCAUUUACAGAGAAAAUCAGUUCUUGUUCUACUGAUAAGCCUAACCCUAAUGUUGAAGGAACUGUUUUCUAAGGGGAAGAAGUAAUUCACUCUGCAUACCACAACAAUUGUAGUUUAGGAUUUAAACUAUUGUUUUUAGAUGUGGGGUUUGAAAAUGCUGAUUUAUUUUCAAUUACCUGUAAAUAUGGCUAUAUUCUUGUAUCUGUAAUGGAGUGUAUAAAAUUACACUAAAAAGUAAUAAAUAUGUUUUGACUA